AUGGCGCAUUUAAUAUCAGCAGUCAGCUCAACAACUCUGGAAAUAAAUAAAGAUUUAAAAUUUAAUGUAAAAUUUGAUCCACCAAUACCUAAAAGACGUACGUCAAAUUCACAUAUCCAUGACUUUGUCAUCCAAAAAUAUGGACGUAGUUUUGACGUAAAAGAUCCCAGAGUUGCUAUUAGAAAAAAAAAGGAGGACUCCUCAGAGGAUCAGGAUUUUUCUAAAGAAGAAGUGACGCCUCUAUCGGGUAUAAGGGGUCGAUCCUUUUCGUAUCAAGAAUUAAGCGAAAGUAAUAGUGAUAGUGAUGACAGCACUGAAAAAACUACAACAACAACUGGAAGGUCUCCCAAAAAACAUAAGAGAAAACAUACAUCAAUAAAAUUGACUUCCACAAAGAAUAGUAAAUAUGAGAUACCUACAACAACGAGCAAGAAAAAAAAGCACAGAAGUAAUAACAGACAUCGCCAUAGACAGAAGAAUAAAGAUCACGAAGAAGAUGACAAAAGUUACGAAAGAGGUGCUACUGGUUUAUCCAAUAAUGAUUCUCAACAAAUACUUCAUGAUCAAACUCAGUAUUUAAUAAAACCCAAACCUCUUCUUAAACACGACAGCAAUUAUCAUGCGAGGUCAAGGCUGAAGCAUGUCAAAAGGUUCGAUGAGGUCGAUGACAGUUCCGAAUUGUCCUUGCCGUCUUCACCCAGGAAGAAACAUGGACUUCGACAGCGGAAGAACCACAAAAAAACUACUUACUAUAAUAAAAACAAAGUUCGGUCUCCAGUUAAACAUAAUACACCAAGCUCUGGUGGUAUCGGCACAUGGUUUAAUAAUCUCGUUAAACUUUUAAGCCCGAAGGAAACCCCAAUUAACACAGGUUACGGUAGAAUGCCCAAUAUAUCUGUGAUACCUUCAUCACAGUGGUUCGAUUAUUUAAAAAAUAAAUCUAAAACAGUUGUCGAAAGCGAUAAUCCUCAGAAAUGGGUCGAACAAGUGGAGGCAAUUAAAAAUAUAACUGAAACAGUAGUAGGUGAAUUAGAGAACGCAUCGAUGGCAAUACAGCAACAAGUUGGAGAAGUGUUACAACCACAAAUGCAAGAGCAGUUACAGCAACAAUUACUAAAUAAAACUAAAGAGAAAAUCGAUAAAUAUAUCAAUAAAACUCAAGAGGAGAUUGAUAAACACAUCAAUACCAGUCUGGUGAUCGAGGCGCAGAUAAAUAAUUUGGCGAAUCAAACUGGGAAUUUAACUAAACUUAUUAAUGCAACCGCAAACUUAUGGCAGCCAUGGAUACACAAUGUUCAAGAUGACGCAAAAGUUAAUAGUUUUAUAAGACACAUACCCAAUCAUUAUUCAAAAUUAUUUCGCGCGCUCGAAAGAAAAAUUACAGAUGACAAAUGGAAGCAUGUGUUAAAAAAAAUAGAACGGGCCUUUAGGACCAAAUUUAACGAAUAUAUCACGGAAACAACACAUAAUAAAAUUAAAAGUAGAACGGGAACAGAAAGAGUUGUGCUUAACUCGAUUGGAGUAUCUAAUCGAAUAAUUAGACGGUUAUUCAAUUACGUUUUAGGGAAUACGAAUAAUAAAGCUUUCUUGCGCAACAAUUACACAAUUGAUAUUAUAGAGAAGGAAAUAAAAAAACACACACAUAACGAACGCCAUCGCGCUUGUCUAAAAUUAGAGAUUUGUAGAAGCAGCAAAGGUUUCGUAACAUAUAUUAUCGAUAUUUUAACUAUAUUAUGCAGCAGUAAUAAUGAAAAAUUUGAAGGUGCAUUUACCUCGUUGUCAAAAGUCGUACAAAAAACUCGAUUUGCUGAUAUUCUCGGUGAAGACGUAGAGAAAGGGAUACAACAAAAAGUCGCGCAAUAUGACCACGUAAACUUGGUUUAUAAAAGAUCUAUGGUGGCCAUUAUGAAAAAUAUUAUUGCGAAUAGAAAUUCACCGCUUAUCGUCUAUGGUGACAGUCAAGUUGAUCAAAUAAAUAAAACUAUGGCUCUCCUUGAAAUCAUAAACACUUUAGACGAAAAUGUAGCGGGUAAUUUGGUAAAUCUCCAAGAAUGGAAUGAAAUCAAAAAUAAUCUUCUCAACUAUUCCACAAAUGAAGAGGCGGACAACAUUGAUACUACAAUGACUGCAUUAAUAACUAACAUCGUAAAAGUGAUCAGUGAAUUAGAUGAACAGUCACGGGCUCACGUUGUGCAGAACGCCAAAAUUCUAUUAACUUAA